UAUAUUCUGCGUUUUAAUUUUUGCCAUUUCCGUAACACUUUUAAAACAAGAACUUCAUUAUUGCUGUCACCAGUGGAGGUACACCAAUGGUAACAAUGGAGUCUAGUACACAGAGAUUAGGGAAAAGGGACAAAGUAUGAACAGAGGAAAACAGGAAUGCAGAAAAGAAGGAAAUAAAGGUAUGGAAAAACAAAGAAAAGAGAGGAAUGUGAAGAGACAGGAAAAAGAUGGAGUAAUGAAGAAAAACCUCCACUGAUUAUUGAAGGGAAUUCGAACAUGUUUCUGCUUCUGUUUCCAGCACCAUCAAAAAGAAGUGAGUUCUGCCUAACAUGUCCAUGUAGUCUUAGUUUUUACUCCUAUCUUUCAAGGUUUAUCCAAGAGUUAAAGGGCCCAUCUCAUCAUGGCAGUCUCAUAUUUUAGCUUCUCACAUCCCCUCACCAGAACCUCCUCCCCUCUCCCACAAUGAAUUCAGUUCAAAUUAGAAGAAACAACUAAACUGCAUAAUUUUUGUAACUCCCAGAUUUCUUUCACUUGUAGAACCCAGUAGGCCAUUUGUUAUCUUGACUGCAGCCUUCCUCUGGAACCAAACUAAAUAAAACAAUCCUAGGCCAAAUUAAUCUCUAAAAUCAACGGAGCUAAAUCAGGGCUGAAUUUGGCCUAUGUCUUUACUCUGUCACUAUUUGCUUGGUUCUGAAUUAACCUUAAUUAUUUAGAUCUCUGGUCUAUUUUUAUUGUUUUAAUAAGCUGGUGGGCAAGAGCACACUGCUUUUCAGUUCCUGCAAGCCUCUGCUCACUUCUGUCAGGGUCCUGAAUAUGAGAUGCUUAACAGAGGUGCAGUUCUUAAUUGUUAUAUCAUUAGAUAGCAAGAAGGGUUAACAAAAUAUUGGGCUAUUAGCUUAGCACCUUAUUUCAGAUUCAGGUACGCUGCUGUGCUAGGAAGCAUGAUGAAAACAGAGUUGUUUGUAUUCCACCGCAGCCCCAAGAUGGCUUCCUGGCUGAUGCAAUGUUUAACCCUUUCCGUUCCAGACUUUAUGAUGUCAGGCCAGUUUUUUACAGCCCCUUCUCUCUCGCGCGCGCACACACACAGAGACAGCUUCAAGUUACUGUUGAUGUCUGUAAAGGAUCUUCCGAAAUAAACGCUCUUUUUAAAGUGCCGGCUAGUCCUGACCUUUGUGUGCUAGAACAACACUGGAUUUGAUGAGUUGGUCAGCGGCAGCUUAAUCACCAUGCUGCAAUGAACAGACGUUGGUCCAAUAAAAAGAUAUGACCUCGUCCCCCCAAUCUCUCUCCUCCACCAGCAGUGGGGCCAGCCUGGAGGCAGGAAGUUUGGGAGCGGGGAAAUAUCACAAAGGGAGGACCCUGGGCAGCCGGAAGAUUUCACCACCCGCGAGGGCUUCCCCAAACUGGAAAAAGGGGAGAUUUUCGCCUGACUCAUGUGCCAACCGUGCGGGGAGCCCCGGGCUCGCUACCGCGCUACGAAUGCGGAGGCUGCGCUGGCACUGAUGGGCCCCCGCCGCGCUCCUCCUCCGGGCCCUGGAGUAAGUCACGGUGUCAAAACGCACGUGACCCAGCAACUGCCGCCGGGGGUGGGGUGGGCACUGCACCGGGCCGGCGGUACGGGAGGUGUAAAGAAUUGGGGGGACUGGAUGUGCCCGGCCCGAGUUGCUCUCCGCGGGCCUGGCGCCGCCCCACGGCUCUACGGGGCCCGGCGCCUCAGCUCCCCGACUAACAGCCAGGGCCGCGCCGGGCCCGCAUCGCGAGACUCAGGGACACCGGGACAAGCCCCGCCUACCCGGUGACCUAGCUUCUCUCUGCCAAGAGGGGCCCCACCCCCCUCGCCUCUCCACCCAUGGGGCAGCCAGAGAUGGGUCACGUGACGCCAACGUCACGUGCUAGCAGCCUCCAUUUUGUGGCGCAGCUACGCAGCGCACUCGCCAGUCGGGAGCUAGACGCUGCAGAGGGAAGAUCGGGCGAGUAGUGAUCAUCCAACCCGCGCACCCGUCUGGCCUCGGCACGCACCGCGAGACCAUCGUAGCGCAGCCGAUUUAAUCGUGACUAACGACACUAUGAGCGGCUGCCGCGUAUUCAUCGGGAGGCUGAACCCUGCAGCCAGGGAGAAGGAUGUGGAGCGAUUCUUCAAGGGAUACGGACGCAUUCGGGACAUUGAUCUGAAAAGGGGCUUCGGAUUUGUGGAAUUUGAGGAUCCAAGGGAUGCGGAUGAUGCAGUCUAUGAACUGGAUGGAAAGGAGCUCUGCAGUGAGAGGGUUACAAUUGAACAUGCACGGGCCCGUUCCAGAGGUGGCAGAGGCAGAGGGCGAUAUUCUGAUCGCUUUAGUAGCCGCCGUCCACGUAAUGACAGGAGAAAUGCCCCACCUGUACGAACAGAAAACCGUCUGAUAGUAGAGAAUCUGUCUUCCCGAGUCAGCUGGCAGGAUCUCAAAGACUUCAUGAGACAAGCUGGGGAAGUAACCUUUGCAGAUGCACACAGGCCUAAGCUAAAUGAAGGGGUGGUUGAGUUUGCCUCUUACAGUGACUUAAAGAAUGCUAUUGAAAAACUCUCUGGCAAAGAAAUCAAUGGAAGGAAAAUUAAACUAAUUGAAGGCAGCAAAAGACACAGUAGGUCCAGAAGCCGGUCUCGUUCCCGUAGCAGGAGCUCGUCCAGGUCUCGCAGCCGUUCUCGUUCCCGAAGCCGCAAGUCUUACACCAGGUCCAGGAGUAGGAGCCGUAGCAAGUCUCGUUCAGUUAGUAGGUCUCCAAUGCCUGAGAAGAGCCAGAAACGAGGUUCUUCUAGUAGAUCAAAAUCUCCAGCAUCUGUGGAUCGGCAGAGGUCUCGGUCAAGGUCCAGAUCUGUUGACAGUGGAAAUUGAACUAUAUAAGUAACAUGCUUGAAGGCCUUUUUUAAAGCAUACUUGCUAAAACUUGUGGUAAGUAUGUGGUGGUUUUUCUGUGGGGAAGGGUUUGGAUGUGGGGGAGGGACAAAAAACUUUGUAGAUAUGGACCACAGCGGGGUAUGAAUUAAAUGUAUUGUCUUUUGAUAAUCUUUUUCUUUCUUGCUCACAUUUUUGUGGAUGUCAAGUGUAUAGUUUUGUGUAUAUGGGCAGAGCUCUUUAUAACUAAAGCAAAUCUCAAUUUUUUUUGUACUCAAAAAAAAAAAAAAUCACCUGAACGUUUUAGUUCCCAGUGUAUUCAAACAUGUGAAUGGUAAUUCAAGAUUAGUUUAAUGUCUUCAAUUAAACUAUUAGCUUUAGACAUUUAAGAGCUCUACAUAUGUGCUGUACAUAAAGCUUUAUAUCGGAGGGUUUUUUUGUGCUUCAGUUGUUUCCAUUGAGUCAGCAAAAUAGAUUAUGCUGUUCAAGAUUGAUAAUAAAACCUUAAUUUUAAAAA